AUGUCCUACUUCCGCAUCACCUUGAUUAGAUCUGCCAUCGGGCUCCCUGCGAAAUCAGGCAAUGUACUCAAGGCACUCGGCCUGCGCAAACGGAUGGCGACCGUAUUCCAUCCGGUCACGCCUUCGGUUGCUGGCCAAAUAAUGAAAGUGAAAGAGCUGGUUGCGGUUUCGGAAGUCGAUGAACCUCUGACAAAACAAGAGAUACACCAGGAACGUGUGCCGGAUCCAGGCUUCUAUGUCGAGUCAAGAGCGCAGGAUGUGAGCAAAUAA